AUGGCAGGUAGCGGCGGCCUGGGCGGCGGGGCCGGGGGCGGCCAGGGAGCGGGGGCCGGGCAGGGGGCCGCGCUGCGGGGGCCGCGGGCGCCGCUGGUGCUGGGCGCGCUGGCGCUGGGCGCCUACUGCCUCUGCACCCUCCCCGGCCGCGGCCCGCCGGCCGCCCGCGCCCCCCUGCCGGCCCCCGCGCCCGCCGAGCCGUCCGCGCCGGUCCGCAGCCCGGGGGCGCCAGGCCUGCGGGUGGCCAGCGGCCCGGGACGCCGGCGCUUUCCGCAGGCGCUCAUCGUGGGCGUGAAGAAGGGCGGCACGCGCGCCCUGUUGGAGUUCUUGCGGCUGCACCCCGACGUCCGCGCGCUCGGCUCUGAGCCCCACUUCUUCGACAGGUGCUACGAGCGCGGCCUCGCCUGGUACCGGAGCCUGAUGCCACGCACCCUGGAUGGGCAGAUCACCAUGGAGAAAACCCCUAGCUACUUCGUGACUCGGGAGGCUCCUGGCCGCAUCCACGGCAUGUCCCCAGACACGAAGCUGAUCGUGGUGGUGCGGAACCCUGUGACCCGGGCCAUCUCUGACUAUGCCCAGACGCUCUCCAAGACGCCGGGCCUGCCCAGUUUCCGUGCCCUGGCCUUCCGCCAUGGCCUGGGCCCCGUGGAUACGGCCUGGAGCGCCGUGCGCAUCGGCCUGUAUGCCCAGCACCUGGACAACUGGCUGCGCUUCUUCCCCUUGUCCCGCUUCCUGUUCGUCAGCGGGGAGCGCCUGGUCAGCGACCCGGCGGGAGAGCUCGGCCGCGUCCAGGACUUCCUGGGCCUCAAGCGGGUGGUCACGGACAAGCACUUUUACUUCAACGCCACCAAGGGCUUCCCCUGCCUCAAGAAGGCCCAGGGGAGCAGCCGCCCACGCUGCCUGGGCAAAUCCAAGGGCCGGCCCCACCCGCGGGUGCCCGAGGCUGUGGUCCAGCGCCUGCGGGACUUCUACCGGCCCUUUAACCGCAAGUUCUACCAGAUGACUGGCCAGGACUUCGGCUGGGACUGAGGAGGACAGGCCAGCCCUCGUGCUGCCUGGGGACACGCAGUAACCUUAAUUUAUGCCUGUCACCUGGCCGGAACAGUCCGUGUACAGGUAAUGGGUAGAGAAAAAUAUUUAAGAAGUAAAGUUUGCAUCUGUGUUCCUCCACA